UGGGUGUGAUCUGACAGUCGACGUCACAUUCCUGUUCUGAAUUUUCUUCUCGCGAAGAAAAGCCGGAUUUCACUUUCAUCCAUUUGGUUUUCCCCCGCUGCUCCAGUUCGUUUCCCUUUUGGUUAACCGUCGUGGCUGAAGAUGGGCCUGAAGGGAUGCCAGAUUGUGCUCGACAACCCCUGGAACACGUACUACGCUGGCCAGACGAUCAAUGGCAAGGUGGAGUUCACCUUCGACUCCCCCAAGAAGGUUCGCGGCAUUGUCAUUCGCUUUCUCGGGGAGGCCAACACGUCGUGGGAGGAGCGCGAGAAGCGGCAGGACAGCGAAGGCAAGGAGACUGAGGAAGUGACUCACCUCAGUGGCCAUGAAGAGUACUUUCAGAUCCAAUACUACCUCCUGGGCGGGAAGAACAGUGGAGAAGUUGAGUUGGAAGCGGGAACUCACACUUAUCCCUUCACGUGCGCUCUGCCGCCGACACUGCCCUCAUCUUUCGAGGGCGAGUGGGGCCAUGUGCGCUACACCGUGAAAGUCACCCUGGAUCGCCCGUGGAAGUUCGACCAGGAGAGCAAGAUGGCCUUCACUGUAAUCUCUCCGGUUGACUUGAAUCUCAAUCCGCGCGUGAAGGAGCAAUUUAAGCUGGAUCUGGAGAAGAGCUUCUGCUGCCUGUGUUGUCGCUCAGGGCCUCUGGCUACCAUUGUCAUCGUGCCCGUGACGGGAUUCGUGUCUGGCCAAGUGAUUCCCAUCACGGCCGAGUGUGACAAUGCCAGCAACGUUCGCGUGACGGGCGUGAAGAUCCACAUGCGCAAGAUCAUCACCUUCCACACUCACACACCGCGCCGCGAAACCAAGAAGGAUAAGGUGAACAUCUCGGAAGUGUCCGGAGGCGCUGUAGAGCCCGGCGCGUCGGACACGUGGACGUUCAAGCUUGAGAUUCCGCCGCUGCCGCCGUCCAACCUCGUCAAUUGCGGCAUCAUCGACGUGGACUAUGAUCUGAAGAUUGUGGUGGAAGUGGCGGGAGCGCACAGGAAUCUCGAGGGCAAGAUUCCCAUCACGCUGGGCACUGUGCCGCUGGCGGAGUUCAAGCCGCCGGCGCCGUUCAAGGACGAGCCGCCUCAGGAUCCGUCGAUGCUUCCCACGCAACCCGUGAGUCCGGCCAGUCCGCCAGAGACUGGCGGCGCUCUCGGCUGGUCCAUCACCGACUCCGGAGGCCACAAUCUCUACCCGAAUAUUCUUCCGUAUCAGAUGCCUCCGCCAACGUUUGCCGAAAGCUCCUACAAAUCUCCAAGCAUCGCCAACAAGGAGGAUAAUGAGUACACGCGAUUCGUGGGUGACAACUUUGCUCCAAGAUAUCCAACUUAUGCAUUUAACCCAACGGCUCCAGCGCCAGCCAAUCUCUAAAUCUCAGCGUUAUUCUUUCAUACUCAUUUCGAGGUCUAUCUUUAGAUAUUAAGCUAGAAGAUUUUUGUUUAACUUGCACGAAUUACUGCACAAAGUGUCCUGAUGAGCCUCUAAUGGCCAUUUGUGAGGAGGAAAAGUUGCGCAAUUUACCAUGGAAUGAACGAAAAGUGGACAAAAACGAGGUCUUUUUCGCUUUUUCGAUACCUUUUUGAGGGAAGUAGGAUCUAUUAUUUUUACACAAGAGUGCUAACAUGUAGUGAUUAAGGUAAACUUAUAUAUUAACAUAAACUGAUAAAAUAUUACCGAAAUCUUCCGUUA